UGUUUAGCUCUUUGUUCAAAGAGUUAAUUCACUGAAAAAGUCAACUUCUUUGAGAUUUUUCUCCAUGGCUUAUUAAAUAAAAUAAAAAUCCAAGUGUUGAGGGACGAAAAGGAGAAAAAAGCAUUCUUGAUUUUCACUAUUUAAGUACCUGGACUUAAGUGUCUAUUACGGUCUCCAAAGGAGUUUUCUGUGGGCUUUGAUACUUUUUGGCACAACAGGUGAGCACAGGACAAACACAUUCUAACGUUGGCGAGAUACAACCUUUUUGCUUAAGUUCUUUAACGUACCUUGGGCAUCUUUUUGCGUAUUAAUUUUGUGCUAGGAAUCCUUACAGAUUUGGUGUCUGACACCUCAAAUAUAUUUUAAAUAUUGAAGGUUUAGGGAGAUGGGGAGGGGGUGACUCCAAGUAGUAAACUGCGAGCUGUUGGCUAGCAAGCAAGAAGCAACCCAGUUGUAAUACUGAUAAUGAUUUAGAGUGUUACCUGUGUGCCAAGCUCCCUUUGAUAUUCAGUUUAACUAUGGCAUAUCUGAGACCAUGGACACUAGGCCAUGUCUACACUACUUCGUAUGUCGGCAAAACACGUCGCUCAGAGGUGUGAAAAAAACACCCCGAGGGACAUAAGUUUUGCGGGCAUAAGCGCUCAUGUGCACAGCACUAUGUCGGCAGGAGACGCUUUCCCUUCAACAUAGCUACUGCUGCUCGUUUAGGUGGUGGUUUUAUUAUGUCGAUGGGGGAAGCUCUCUCCAAUUGGUAUAGAGCAGCUACACAAGCAAUCUUACAGUGGCACAGCUCUAUCGGUACAGCUGUGCCACUAUAAGCUUGCUAGUGUAGACAUGGCCUUCCCUCUUAUGAUGCAAAAACCUAGACUAUCACACCAUAAAUGCCUUCUUUAACCGAUGUCAGAUUUUUUGGGGGGGGGAACUAUAGGUUCAGUUUGUAAUCUUUCUUUGGACGAGUGCUUUCAGUUAUGAUCGGAUAUGUCAAAAAGGAUAGUUGGCGUAAUAACUUUGAAUGUCUUUUUAAUUCUCACAUUGGCUUUGGACAGAGCAAUAAAAGAAAUAGACUAAUUAAAACCUAUUUGUUAGGUUUUCAGCUUUUGGAAGACGCUAUCCUUUUAAGUUAACAUGUGUCAUUCUUAUAAAAAACAAGCCUAGAUAUAUUAAAAUGGAAAAAGUAAUGUUUUUAUAUGGGGGGGUUUAAUUUGGCCCUGAAACAAGUAUUCAUCCAUUGGGAAUCUUUCAGACUAGCUUUUUUUUUUUAAACUUCAGGCUUGUCUAAUGAAGUUAAAUUCCUUUUACCCAUCUUUGGUUUAGAAGUGAAGUCUGUACAGUUCAUAAUUGAUAUUUAUUGCCUAUAUCAAAAUAAAUUGCUUUGUCUCAUUUCUAUUGGAAUGCACGAAUCUGGAAUUCUGUACACACAUAAUGCACUUAAUGCAUGACUAUAUGCAUAUGAGAAUAUUCAGGUAUGUGGUUUGAGUCUUACAUGACAUUUUGAAGUAAAUGCAUGGAAUUGUAAGCCAGUGUAAACAUUAACUCUUUAAAUUUGGAGACUGUCUCUUAUAUCUUGGGAAAGGAGUCAAAAUUAUGUUUCUGUGAUUUGCCAGUCCUAUCUUAGCUGUUUCUAUAGGGUCUGGUAGUCUCUGUCCUAUAAUAUGCUUCAAUAUUACUAUUGGUCUGUUUGUUUAAAAAAACUCUCCUGUAAUCUUCUUAAUCAGAAAGGUACAGAUAGUGAAAAAUGCCUUUUUUUAGGCAAGGGUCAAUCUAUAACACACUAAGAUAUUGUUUAACUUUACAAUUGUAUUAAUGGAAACUUAAAACCCCAAACCUUAACCACACUUCUGUUGUUGAACAGUGUUCAUGUUGCUAAGCAUACAACACAGUUUGGGUCCUGAGCUGGCAGGACCAGAAAGAUCAGUGGAAAAAUUAUUUACAGAGAAAAUAGGAUCUUGCCCUUAAGGUUCACUAAAUGUUUUUCUCCUAGAUCUUACUACCAUUUGUUUUCUUUUUUCACUGGAGAAAGCAGAGUGCAUACUGUCCACUUCUGGCUCCGGUAUGUCACUAGACAUACAGCACAGGUGAAAAAUUUAUUGGACACUUGCUAGCUAGAGGCUCAUGUGCGUUGGGGGAAUUCCAGGGCUAAUACUGUAGUGAAAAGCCCACUGUCCAGCAUCACUGCUGAGAUGGCUGAUGACACUGGGAUUUCUAUCCCUAGAGUCUGAUUCAUAGACUCCAAAGCCAGAAGGAACUAGGGAUGUAAAAUAUUAACUGGUAAGCAUUAGUUUUAGCAUUAACCCACCCUAACUGUUAAUCCCCAGCCCAUGGCUGGAGCAGCUGCAUCAGCCGGCUGACCCCGGCCCCAGCUAGAGCGCCCCACCUGCGCUGGCUGACCGGAGCAACCCCGGACGGAAUGGCCCCGGGCCGGCCAGAGUGGCGCCAGCCCCUCUCCCUUUAAUCGGUUAAACAAUAUAAUUUUAAUCUGUUAACCGGUUAAAUUUUUAAACGAUAUCUACAUCCCUAGAAGGGACCAUUGUGAUCAUCUAAUCUCACCUCCUGUAUAGUACAGGCCAUAAAACUUUCUCAGAAUAAUUCCUAGAGCAUAUCUUUUCGAAAAACAAGAUUGGGGCCUCCAUUUUCAGUAUCAAUUUCUGGAUAGUUGAUGUGCGCCAGAUGUGAAGAUGACCCAGCCUCCAGCUGCUGCAAGAGUGGAGCAUUCUUUUCCACCAAGUGUUUGAUGCUCUACCUUUCCUUCAGCCUCCUUUUUUGGUGGUGUCAUGUUCUCCUUCAAACAAUUCUGGUAUCUGCCUCUUCUGCUUGGGAAAACUGUAGCAGUAGCAAAAGGAAUAAGGAUCAUGGAUUUUCCAGGACAUUUUGAGCAAAUCUUUCAACAGCUAAACUACCAGCGACUUCAUGGUCAACUUUGUGACUGUGUCAUUGUGGUGGGGAACAGGCAUUUCAAAGCCCAUCGCUCUGUUUUGGCAGCAUGCAGCACACAUUUUCGAGCUCUCUUUACUGUAGCAGAGGGAGACCAGACCAUGAACAUGAUCCAGCUGGACAGUGAGGUAGUGACAGCUGAGGCCUUUGCUGCUCUGAUUGACAUGAUGUACACCUCCACACUCAUGCUUGGAGAGAGCAAUGUUAUGGAUGUCUUGCUGGCAGCUUCUCACUUACAUUUGAACUCUGUUGUUAAAGCAUGUAAACACUACCUUACUACAAGGACACUGCCAAUGUCGCCACCUAGCGAUAGAGUUCAAGAACAAAAUGCACGCAUGCAAAGAUCUUUCAUGCUUCAGCAGCUUGGACUGAGUAUAGUGAGCUCUGCAUUAAAUUCCACCCAGAAUGCAGAGGAACAACAAAAUACUAUGAACUCAUCAAUGAGAAGUAACAUAGAACAGCGCACUACUUUUCCUAUUCGGCGUCUCCACAAACGUAAACAGUCUUCUGAAGACCGGGCCAGACAGCGAAUCAGGCCUACCAUAGAUGAGUCCAUCAUUUCAGAUGUUGCCCCAGAGAGUGGGCAGUCAGUAGUUCAUUCACGGGAAGAAUUUUUUUCACCAGAUUCGCUGAAGAUUGUGGACAAUUCUAAAGCUGAUGUUGUGACCAAUAAUCAGGAGGAUAACACCAUUAUGUUUGAUCAGUCUUUUGGUGCCCAAGAAGAUGCCCAAGUGCCCAGUCAGUCUGACAACAGUGGAGGAAAUAUUUCACAAAUGUCCAUGGCAUCUCAAGCAACACAAGUGGAAACUAGCUUUGACCAAGAAGCUACUUCUGAGAAAAACAACUUUCAGUGUGAAAAUCCAGAGAUCAGUCUAAAUGAAAAAGAACACAUGAGGGUGGUGGUUAAAUCUGAGCCCUUGAGUUCCCCAGAGCCUCAAGAUGAAGUGAGUGAUGUUACUUCCCAAGCAGAAGGCAGUGAGUCUGUUGAAGUGGAAGGAGGAGUAGUGAGUGCAGAAAAGAUAGAACUGAGUCCUGAAAGUAGUGAUCGUAGCUUUUCUGACCCACAGUCUAGUACUGAUCGGGUUGGUGACAUCCAUAUUUUGGAGGUGUCAAAUAACCUGGAACAUAAGUCUACUUUCAGUAUCUCAAAUUUUCUGAAUAAGAGCCGAGGUGGCAAUUUUGGUGCUAAUCAAAACGAUGACAAUAUUCCAAAUACAACCAGUGACUGCAGAAUGGAUGGAGAUGCCGCUUAUUUAAUGAGUCCAGAGUCUGGGCCUACUAAUGGCCAUUCCUCUGCUACUGUGUCUCAUGUGGAAAAUCCAUUCAAUGAAUCUGCAGACUCUCACUUUGUUAGACCUAUGCAGGAUGUAAUGGGUCUUCCAUGUGUACAGACUUCUGGAUACCGGGCAGCAGAACAGUUUGGGAUGGACUUUCCAAGGUCUGGCUUGGGACUACACUCUUUAUCAAGGGCAAUGAUGGGCUCUCCAAGAGGUGGAGCUAGUAACUUUCCCGGCUACCGUCGCAUAGCCCCCAAAAUGCCUGUUGUGACCUCUGUUAGGAGUUCCCAAAUGCAAGAUAGUACAUCUAAUUCCCAGUUGAUGAUGAAUGGGACCAGUUCCUCUUUCGAAAAUGGGCAUCCUUCCCAGCCUGGUCCACCACAGUUGACCAGGGCAUCUGCUGAUGUUCUUUCAAAAUGUAAGAAGGCCUUAUCUGAGCACAAUGUCUUGGUUGUAGAAGGUGCUCGCAAAUAUGCCUGUAAAAUCUGCUGCAAGACUUUCCUGACCUUAACAGACUGUAAGAAGCACAUCCGUGUGCACACAGGAGAAAAGCCUUAUGCCUGUUUAAAGUGCGGCAAACGGUUCAGCCAGUCCAGCCAUUUGUAUAAACAUUCCAAAACCACUUGCCUGCGGUGGCAGAGCAGCAACCUACCCAGCACUUUGCUUUAAUCCUUCCCCCCAAGCCCAUACAAAUAAUGCCAAUACAAAUUGUAGGAACGUGAACUGAACGAUGUCUGGAGUAUUAACACUAUUUUGUUCAAGACUGCAGGUUAAGAAGCUGCCCUUGUAGUAAACACUUAAGUGUGAUUGUGCCCCCCCCCCCCCCCAAAAAAAAAAAAAAAAAAAAGUCUUGGUCCUGUAAAAUGGGGAUAAUACCAUACCUACCUCACAGGGGUGUUGUGAGGCUUAAACAACUGUUUGGACGCGUUUUGAGAUGCUCUGAAGGAGGCACUAUAGACGUAUUAAGUAUUAUUAUUAUUAUGUAAAUGCAGGUCUUGGGCUCAUGGGGAUGCAAUCCCUAAAACCAAGUAGGGGUUGCUGUGGGGGGAGGUGGGAGGGAAGAAAUAGGUAGGAGAGAAUGGGUGAAAAUGUAGCCAGCUCCUAAUUAUGUUAAAGUAGCACGUUUCAAGGAUGAGAAACUGAAGUGCAAAUUUUUUUUAGGAAUUUUGUAAAAUUGUGAAAGUGUUUAAAUAAAUAACUUGUAAAAUAAGUUGAUACAUUAUGUGUAUGAACAAAAAUGCAAAGAGCUCUUUACUGUUACUAAUGCAGAUUGCAUAUCCUUAAAGAAAAACAAUCUUGGAUACACCUGUCUACCACAAAAUGCUUUAAAAUGUUAAUUAGGAAAAUAGUUGUAGGGGUUCUGAAUGUAUUUUUGGCUGUUUUCCUGUAAUGGACACUGUAAUGAAGGUGCUUACCUUGAGUCCAAGACAAGUAACGUUUGGACUGUUAGAUGUGUAUAUAGUUUGAAUACAGCAAGAUCUCCUAGGUGUUUCACCAUUUUUUUCUGUAAAAACUUGUAAUGAGUGAUAAGUGACGUACUGUUUCUGUAUGUGCUAUUCUUAGCAGUAUUUUAACCAACUUGUAUUUCAUAUGUUAAAACUCCAUAUACAUAGAUGUCUGAAAAGAGCUUGUUAUUGUCUACUUUAUUUUAAAUGGGAGAUAUGAUCUGUGGUGGCUUCUUUUAUUGUAUAAGAUAGUCUCUUACCCUUUCCAGAUGCUGACAGUCAAUCUGAUCCAACUUAUUGUGUAAGCAGACUAUCCUUUUCUGAUGCUCUUAUCUUCAGGCUUUUUAAUUUCCUUCUCCAUAUACUUAUUGUCCUCCCAACCAUGGAUUACUUUGAUCUGAGGAACAGUCAGGAAUAAGAGCCUGUCUUGCCAUAUUCAUAUGCCUCUCUGGAUAAAAUGUAGCAGUUGACUCUAAUUCUUCAAUUUAGAGAAGUAUCAUAAAUGUACUUUCCCACAAGUAAAAAUCCAACACAAAUUUAAUUUAAAAAAUAGCACUGUACACCUUGUAAAACAAGUUCAGUAAUCUGUUUCCCGUGAAUCUCACAGAUCUUAUUUUAAUUUCCUCUUCUUUGAUACCAUUGUAACUAAAAAAAGGAAAGGAGUACUUGUGGCACCUUAGAGACUAACAAUGGGUUUGGUUUUUUUUUUUAAGAUGCACAUCAACUAACUCCUGGAGUUCAACAAACUGGGUUUCUAUUAACAUUUUGGAGCACUUCUGCGGACCAGCGUUACUCCGUUUAUGCAGAAUUUGGGUUAGUGCUUCAGCACAUCUGUCAUAUCCAGAAGAGACAGAUCAUGAGCAUCUAAUAUAGCUAAUUCUCAGAAGCAGCAGUUGGGGCUUUUUUUAAUAUAAAAAAAGCAUUUGCAAACUUUCCAACCUCCUCCUCUUCAAUCUGUUAUGUAGCAAACUCAUUCUGUGUCUGACUUUGAUUAAACCUAUGCUAUUUUUUUAAUAGGGAUGUUGGCCUCCUGAAAAAUCUUGGAUUUAUUUGAAUGAAAGCUGAAAAUUUAAAUCCUUAUUCCUCAGUUCUGUAGCUAGUUUAGUCUUGAGUGACUGAGACAGUUGAAACACUGGAACUAAACAAUCAUGGUCAGUACCACAGAAACACGGGACUCUGUAUGAAACAAUAUCUGGCUGAGAGAGAAAUAAAAUGUACUCUUCUCUCCCGCUUUGUGGUGAGAAAACUGCCUAAGGGGUGUUAACAUUUGAUUUGCAAUUUAAGCUUCUAAGGUAAGCAGGAACUUGAAACUAUUAUGAAUGACAUGAUUCAAUUUUUUUAAAACCUCACAGUCCCAUGACUGUUUUUUAAUGGUUACACUUCUGGCUUUUGUUUUUUUCAGGCACCAAGGAAAUGUGCCAAGUUCAUGAAUAACAUUAGAAAAUGCUGCAUUUUAUGUGGUAAUCAUGUUGAUGUCAAGGGAUCAGUAUUGUACUACGUCAGUCUCACUGCAUCUCCAUUAAAACUAGAUCAUCACUACAGUGCGGUGUUUUCUAAUUUAAUCUUAUGUUGAUGUUGCCUUAUUGCUAAUCUCUUGCCUUUUUCCAGUUUUGUUCCAAAACCUAUUUUUUUUCUAUUUUCCAGCUGUUUUCUUUAUCUAGCACCUGUGUCUAAAACUCUCCCCACUCACAGGAAGAAAGCAGAGAUGGGGGUGGGGCAAUUAAUGCACUUAAAAUUAAGAAUGAAUAUGAACAUGUAAAUGAAACCUAUAUUUAACUGUACUUCUGGAUCAGUUUUUAUAAUAAAACGUUUGUGGUUAUGUGAAAGGCCAUAGUGGUAGGGAGGGCUGCUCUCUUCAGAAACAACAAAGAAAAAAAUUAAAAUAAACCUUGAAUCUUUUAGAUGUAACGAACUUAAUUUUCAGCAUAUCAAAUUAUAGUGUUUCUAGGAGGACAUAUUACAGCUUCAGUAACCCAUGUCUGACUGCUGUUGCUUUCUUGGUCUUCCUAUGUGAAGCAAUAUCUCAGAAUAAGCACUCACUACUGAACUGACCCAUCUUGUAAAAUGAGCAAUAUCUAAUCUCCAAACCUGACAAUUACAAAAAUAACCUCACCCUGCUUGUGUUCAGACUUAAUAGCCAAGCACUAUAGUGCCAUCUCACAUGAAGCUAUCAGUAUGUUUAUAAUGUUAUGAGAUACAUCUGAAAAUAAACACUACAUUUUUGUG